AUGAGGGACAUAGUGGCGUACAACGCGCCCGCACCACAGGCACCCGCGCGAAACCAAUACAACCCCCCCUCCAUAGAAACAUACAACUCCCACCGUAAAAUAAAAAGACCUAAGUUAGGCGACAGGAAAGUGUACCGGCCCGUAAGAAGGCACACGCUUUCUAGAAUAGACGAAACGCCAAACCAAACCCGUCCGAGAUCGAAAAGCUUGCAACAUUCAACAGACUUCUCCUCGACAAGACCUAUGAUGAGGUCGCGGUCCAACGUGUCGGCGGACACCAGUCGGUCCGUCCCGAUAUGCAACCAGAGCCACGAAAUAGAAAAUCAGAUCGAAAGCGUCAGUCCGCAGUACGCUGAGCCGAAGGGAUACGAGUCCGGCUCAGACGAGCGGCCAGCGUCCAUGAUGGACCUCCCCAUAAUGGUCCCGAUGGACCCUUUGACUGGUGCGUAUAUACCAUAUCCGGAAUACGCGUACUACCACGACGAUAAUUGUAGGCUCAAUCGAUUUAAGAGGAAGCAGUCGAAAAAUAAUUUGUUUCUAGCAUUCAUGUAU